AUGAAGGACGAGCAAGGUCGGCCCUUUAUUGUGGUCAGAGAUCAGGGAAAGAAGAAACGUCAAUUCGGAAACGAAGCCGUCAAGUCUCAUAUUCUCGCAGCUAGAACCGUUGCAAAUCUCGUCAAGUCCUCCCUUGGCCCCCGAGGUCUCGACAAGAUUCUCAUCUCCCCUGACGGAGACAUCACAGUCACCAACGAUGGCGCCACCAUCCUGCAGCAGAUGGAAAUCAGCAACCACAUCGCUAAGCUGCUGGUAGAGCUUUCCAAGUCCCAAGAUGAUGAAAUCGGUGACGGUACCACCGGUGUCGUCGUCCUGGCUGGUGCUCUGCUAGAGCAAGCUGCCGACCUUAUUGACAAGGGUAUCCACCCUAUCCGAAUUGCCGACGGUUACGACCAAGCUUGCGACAUCGCCGUUGCUGAGCUGGACCGAAUCUCAGACACAAUCGACUUCACAAAGACAGAGACUGCUAACCUGGUCAAGGUUGCACGAACAAGCUUGGGCAGCAAGAUUGUCUCCAAAGCGCAUGAUCAGUUUGCCAACAUUGCGGUGGAUGCUGUCCUGUCAGUGGCAGAUCUGGAGCGAAAGGAUGUCGAUUUCGAGCUGAUCAAGGUUGAUGGCAAGGUUGGAGGCUCGCUCGAAGACACGCUUCUCGUCAAGGGUGUCAUUGUCGACAAGGACUUUUCUCACCCGCAAAUGCCUUCUGAAGUGCGAGACGCCAAGAUUGCCAUCCUGACUUGUGCCUUUGAACCCCCUAAGCCCAAGACGAAGCACAAGCUCGAGAUUACCAGUGUUGAGGAGUUCAAGAAACUGCAAAACUACGAGAGGGAGAAGUUUAUCGAGAUGAUCCAGCAGGUCAAGGACACCGGUGCCAAUUUGGCAAUUUGUCAGUGGGGCUUCGACGAUGAAGCCAACCACUUGCUUCUCCAGAAUGGUCUUCCAGCCGUUCGUUGGGUUGGUGGCCCCGAGAUUGAGCUGAUUGCCAUUGCUACGAAUGGCAGAAUAGUACCGCGGUUCGAAGACCUCAAGCCAGAGAAGCUGGGUUCGGCAGGUGUUGUCAGAGAGAUGACUUUUGGCACAACGAGAGAGAAGAUGCUGGUCAUUGAGGAGUGUGCCAACACUCGUGCCGUGACUGUUUUCUGCCGUGGCAGUAACAAGAUGAUUAUCGACGAAGCUAAGCGAUCACUCCACGAUGCUUUGUGCGUGGUAAGAAACUUGGUUCGCGACAACCGUGUCGUCUACGGCGGCGGUGCUGCCGAGAUUGCCUGUUCCCUGGCUGUCGAGGACGCCGCCGUCAAGACGCCUGGUUUGGAACAGUACGCCAUGCGCGCGUUCUCUGAAGCUUUGGAUACUGUCCCUAUGACGCUGGCUGAGAACAGUGGCCUCAAUCCCAUUUCCACUCUUGCUGAGGUCAAGAGUCAGCAGGUCAAGGCUGGGCCCGACAGCCGAGGUAAACUUGGCGUCGACUGCAUGGGACGUGGGAACAACGACAUGAAGGAAGCGUUUGUCAUUGACCCCUUGAUUGGAAAGAAGCAGCAGCUUCAGCUCGCCACGCAAUUAUGCCGCAUGGUUCUGAAGGUGAACAACGUCAUUGUUUCAGGCUCGGGCGACGAGGAGUUUUAG